AUGCUCAAUUUUAACCUUAUUCGUACAAGUUCAUUGAUCAUAUGGAAAUCUGUUCACAAAGUUAGUUCGUCUGAUUCAAAAUUAAUCACAUUAAAACUUGAAGAGAAAUGUAGGCUUGAAAACCAAAAUAAUAAUAAUAAUAUUGACAAACAUGAAGGUGUGGAAGGAACAAAGGUUCGUAAAGAAGGAUCAAUAAAACAUUUAGGAAUAACAUUGACAGCGUCACCUACUAUACAACAUACAGAUUUAUUGCAUUACAUAGCGAAAAAAGAACGUAAAGUGCUUGAAUUAAGAGAAGAGUUAAAGAGAAACGAAGAGGAAUUGAGUUUAUUGAAGAAAAAAUGGGAAACCAUUUUCACAAAUCAAAUCAUUAAUAGCCCAGAGAAUGGAAACGGAAAAGAAAACGAGAGUGUGAAUGGUGUUGGAAUUGGAGAAAAUGAAAAUGAUGAUGAUGAUCAAUCAGAUGACGUUGAAGUUAUAAAGUUAAUGAACGGAUUAAGUAAGGGAAUAGUGGGGGUAGUUAAUGGCAUAAAGAAUGUAGCAGAAAGUGAAGUAACUCAUGAAAAAUUAUUAAAGAUUAGAACAGCGGUUGCAGAUGUUGCAAAUUAUGAGCCUGUUAAACAAACAAAAAAAAUGACUUUUGAUUUUACAUCACAAGCUUUUGACAAUAUCACUAAAGGAUUUUCUUCAAUAGCACAAUCUGAAACAUUAUCAUGUUUACAUGACGAAAUGAAUAUAUCUGUUUUUUAUUUAGGCUAUAUUUUAGCAGAUAUGAUAAAAUCACGAAAGAAAAAAAUGUAUCUUGAAACAGGAGACAUCAUCCUUGUGAUCAACUAUACAUAUCGUCAAGAUGAUUCAAAAAAGUAA